UAUAUGCAGGAGCCAGGAAGUUGAGCCCUAAACUUCUCUUCUUUCCGUUUGGAAAGCCGAAGCCCUAUCGAGGCCUGAAAGCUUGUCUCCAUUUUUCCAAUUAACGCUUCACUUUUCCCCCACAAUAUUUACAUACAAUUUCCAAAUGCACUAAUAUUUGGCAUGCACAUACGCACUUCGGUCAUUGAGCCCUCAUUACCCCAUACAAUUAUACAAACUAUUUCUUUCCAUUUUUAGACACCACAAACCCAGCACUGUUUCCUUUCCCCAUUUGUAGAUGAAGAUCCUCUAUAGCAUUCCUAUUCAACCCUCUUCAUUUCUCGAAUCUUUCUUUCUGAACCCUCUUUUCUCUGGUUUCCUCUUUGUCUAGAUAUUUACCGUUUGGAAGAGAUGCCUAACUCAAUGGGUUCUAGUUGUUUAUCUUCGUUUUUCAAAGAGAAGAUAAGUUUUCUUCAGGCGGGUUGAUAUUGGGUUCUCCAGAUAAGAGACUCGAUUUUGCCAUCUGGGUCUGCGAGAUUUUUGGAUUUAGCUUCUUAGUUUGGUACAUGGGAUAUCAUCGUCUUUUUGAUCCAGAAAUUUGGUCUCUUAAGUGGGUUUUGAAUUGAAGGAUUGGAGGUUCAAGGAAGAUGAAAAGGGUGGGAGACGAAGAGAAGAUCAUGGGCCCCUUGUUUCCUAGGCUCCAUGUCAAUGAUACAGAGAAAGGAGGGCUGAGGGAACCUCCGAGGAGGAGAAAGAUGACCCUCUACGAACAGCUCAAUAUCUCUUCUCAGGGGCUCAAUUCUAGUUUGGCGCCAACGUUGUCUCUUCUGCCCGACAACGCCUGCACUUCGGUACCUUCGAUCUCUUUGAGCCAGGGUGGAGGUCAUGAAAGAAGUGUCUUUUCUCCAUUUUACGUUCCACCUCCCACACCUACUCAUUCAUCUGAGAAGCUUCAUCCAUGUUUUGAUGGAGUAAACUUGAGUGGUGCCAUGGCAGAGUUUGAUAGGAAAUCUACAACAAAUACAAAUAAUCGACCUUCAAAUGUUACUAUGGGUUUGUUAUCAACUAAUGAUCGCAAUUCAUGCUGCUCACAUGCCUUGUCCAACUCAAGGAAACAGAAGCCUGGGGAUGAGGAUGAUCUUAGGGCUCCUGCCUUUGUUCAUUCUCGAGUUUCUCUUUGUUCUGAUAAGGAUCUUCCCAACACAAGCAGGGAAAGAUUUUCUCCCUUCAUCUCAACCUAUCCAGGCCACUCUACAGUUGCAACAGAUAACAGUCCACUUAAAACUGCAGCAGCUACUUGCAGUUCACCAAUGCAACCUCAGAAUGCUUGCGAUAAAAACCAGAAACCAACCAGAACAACAGAUAUGAGGUCAAAACAUGUAAGAAACCAUUUUGAAGAGAACCUGAAAGAAACUGUGACUAGUAUACACCGUGCUGAAAAUUCUGCAUCUGUCUCAUCAAUGGGAGAAAAUAUUGUGGAACCCUUAAACAAUGACAAGACAUCUGAAAAUCAAGAACUUCAAAAUAGUCAGGUGGAUGAUUCCAGGAGGUUAUGUGAUGCUGAUGAAGAGACACAUCAAAAAAUUGGAUCUACUUUGUUUCCUGAAAAAUAUGGAAAUACUGAUGCUCAUUUGGUUGAGUCCAUUGAAGUGGAGAAGGAAAACAUUUCAAGGGAGAGAAAUGAACCAUGUUCUGAGGCAUCACCUGGUAAUAGUCACAGAAAUCCUGAGAGGGAUGAAAAUGGUGGGAAGUACCAUGAAGAGAUGGUGCAUGAAUCAUUACAGGUGGGAGAUGUGGACAGAAACAGUGAUGCAUCCAAGUGCUCCAUGGUGGAUUCCGUAUUGGGCAUGGACAUAUCUCCUAAUGAUGUUGUAGGAGUAAUAGGGAUAAAGCAUUUCUGGAAUGCAAGGAGGACAAUUGUCAACCAACAAAAGGUGUUUGCAGCGCAGGUAUUCGAGUUGCAUAGGUUGAUAAAGGUUCAAAGAUUGAUUGCUGGAUCACCACAUCUAGUGGCUUUCCAUUCCAAUAUGGAGCAGCCAAGAAAAUAUCUCUAGUGAAUGCUGGAAUUGUAGGAUGCCUCAGUGAUGGGUCAAUUGAGAAGAAAAAGGGAUCACCAUUCAGCUUUCAUGGGAAAAGCCAUGGGGGUAGGGUCAGGUCUUGGUAGAUCUGGAUUUACGCCUUCAACUGAAAUGGCUGAGAAUGACUUAUUUUCACCCCAGUCAACAACUUCAACAUUUUGAUAGCUUCAAAUGAUGAUUGAUAAUUGCAUGUUGUUUACUCUAUGAUGGCAAUAGCCAGGCCUUUUUUUUCAUUAUAUUUGUAGUUAUUCCAGAAAUUCAACCAUACAACUCAGUCAAGAGCAAAUCCUUUGAAAUCUGUUCCUGGCCAAGAAAUUUUCAGCAAGAGGCAGCAGUUUCACAGAACCACGAAGGCUUUCUUUCUGGUUGGCAGGUUGUGAUAACUGACGAUUACUUGUGUAGUUGUCAAAUGAAAGAGCUUGCAUUGCUUCAGGAUUAUGUAAUUUUCUUCUUAGAAACUAGAGUGUCUGUGUUCCUUGGAGAUUCAAUGGAAGAGAGAUUCCUUUUGCAUAUA